UCUAUGUGACUUUUGAGGCUAUCUAUACAAUUUUUGGAAAUAAAAUUUGUAGUAUAUAUUUAAUUUUGUAAAAUAAAUCAAAAUCCACCUAACCAUGCCCCGUCUAAUUUAAUCCAACAGCUAAUCAUUGCCAACUUACUGCCCUUUUUUCAUAGGUAAAAUUAAACCAAUAAAGGCAAAAAAUUGCCAAAAAUAAAGAUAAAAAAUAAUAAAAAAGAAAAGAAAAGAAAAGAAAAAGAAAAAGCUAAGAAUUUACUCAAAAUUCAUAUUUGUGGAAAAUAAAAUUAAUCCAAAAUCUUCAUUAAUAUCCAGAGAGAAAGAAAGAGAGGUUUUCGGGAUUUCUCCCCCUUUUCCCUACAUCACCCUUUUCACCCGAAUAUAUCCCCUUUUUUUUAAUAAUUAAUUGGGAUUAAUUUAAUUAAUUUUAAUCUAAUUCAAUUUGAUUUAAUUUUCUUCUUUGUACUUUGACAAUGAAGGCAUUAAUAAAAUUUAAUUAAUCAAUUAAAUUAAAUUAUAGUGUUUAUAUAUAAUCCCGACAUCAUUAAUCAUGAUGUUCUUUCCAUUUGUGGUUCUUUCUCUUGAGGAGGAGCAGCUGCACGAAAACCCUCCCUGUUCUGAAGAAGAAGAACAAGGUGAAGAAUUUACUGAAGAAAUUGCUGUUAUGGCUGAGACCGAAGCCUCAGGCAGCCAAGGAUGGGGAUCUUCACUAUCAUUCCCGUCUUCAGAAGAUGUUGCAAGAGCAGUGGCAGCUGCUGCUACUGCAGUCAGUUCACCAAGACCAUCUGUAGUGUUCUCUUCAAAUGAUAGUGGGAGUAACUCCCCAUUAAAGAGAAUACAGAAUCAGGUAUCAAAGGCACUAAAGGGCUUAUCACAAACUCCUGACAAAAGAAUUCUCACUUACAAUCCAGAAGUGUUAACUAAACAAAAGCGUCAAUGGGCCAGCUUUCAGUUACAAUCUUUGGAUCAUCGAUCUUUUAUAGAGCCAUCAAAGCUUUUUGAGAGCAUGGUAGUUGUUGGGCUUCCUCCUAGUUUUGAUGCUCAAUCACUAAGAAAAAGACUACUUGCUAGGAAAACUGAAGGUUCAGGGAAAUUUCGAAUUGCUUUAAGUGGUCAUAAUCAUUCUCGUGUUGAGCCAAACUUUGAGCCCCAGGUUCUAUUUGUUUAUCCUCCAGAAAAGCAGUUACCACUCAAAUACAGGGAUCUUUUAUCAUUUUGCUUCCCUGGUGGUGUUGAGGUUCAUGCUGUUGAGAAAAGCUCUUCAAUGAGUGAGUUAAAUGAAAUACUUCUUGGACAGGAACAUCUCAAACAAAGUGAGCUGUCCUUUGUGUUUCGCUUGCAGCAGGGUGCUGAUAAUUCAACUUUGUAUGGAUGUUGUAUUUUGAUGGAAGAACUUGUGGAUAAGCCUUCACGGUUAAUUUCUAUGCUUUCUGACAGUCAACCUGUUAGCUCAUGUUUGGGACGGUAUAUAUUUACAACAAAACGCUGUUAUUGCAUACUUUCACGGGUACCCUUCUUCGACUUGCAUUUUGGCGUACUAAAAAGCAUAUUCAUGGAAGAAAGGUUGGAACGCUUAACAAAAAGUAUCGGUGUCUUAGAUCUGGAAGUGCCAGAUACCAUCAAACCGAUGGAAGGAUUAGAAGAAAAUGGAAGAAUGUCUACACAGCAUGUCUCAGAAGAUGAGGCAAAUGAAACCGUGGGAACUCCUCAAUCAAGUUCUAGUGGAACUACUGCUUCUACUAGAGUGACUGAUGUGGGAAGUCCCCUUGGCAAUCUUGCCAACUCUGAUCUCGAGGGAAUCUCCUCUUUUAGGGAUGAUAGUCAUGAUACUGAUGAUUCUCUUACAACCACAACUUUUGAAAGAGAUACCCUUGCAUCUGAUAAAGAGCCAGCUGUAACCAUGCAAAAUUCUGAAGCAAAUGAUGUCGAUUUUGAUAAUUCAUCUAUGAGCAAGCCAACCAUGGAAAAGUCUGCACCUGGUGCUGUUUGGCCACUGCUUCGGUACCCGCAGUUUGAGAGUUCUGAACCUUCGUGCAGUCUGGGUUCUCCUUCUGAAGAGAGGCAGUUGAGAAGUGAAAAUGAUGAGACAGAUAUUAAAGAAACAUCUAUCUCUGGCCAGGAAGAUUUUAGCAGCCAUAUUGACAUACUUGAAUGGGCUAAGGCAAAUAAUCACGGGUCGUUGCAAAUUAUAUGUGAAUAUUACAAGGUGGAUUUUCCGCCAAGGGGUACAAGCAUUACUUUUCAUCCAUUAGAUUAUUUGCACCCUUUGGAGUUUCAUCGGCCUAGUGAAAGAGCCCUGGAAGUUUGUGGCUCCCCACUUGAUUUAGGAUCUUGUAGGACAAGUCUUGAGAGAAUUGAGGUACUAAAUGCGCUUAUAGCUGAGGAGGAGGCUAUAUCUUUAUCGGUAGUGACCAUAUCAUGUAUUUGUGGUUAUCUAAGACUUGAGAAUAUAUUGACAUUGUUCGCAGGAGCCCUGCUAGAGAAACAAAUCAUAUUCGUUUGCUCUAAUUUGGGAAUAUUGUCCGCCUCAGUUCUCUCAUUUAUAUCUUUAAUACGUCCCUAUCAGUGGCAGAGCUUGUUAAUGCCGGUUCUGCCUAAUGAUAUGCUCGAAUUUCUUGAUGCCCCUGUGCCAUAUAUAGUUGGGGUACAGAGCAAAUCUUCAGAAGUUCUCUCGAAGUUGCCAAAUGCUAUGCUGGUGGACAUCAGCAAGAAUCAGGUGAAAUCACAAUCGAUGCCACAACUGCCACAACAAAGAGAAUUACUAGCAUCCUUGGCUCCCUACCAUGCUAAGCUUGUUGGAGAAAGCUAUUUGGGAAAAAGGCGACCCAUAUAUGAAUAUACAGAUGUACAGGCUGAAGCUGCUAAAGAAUUCAUGGACGUGUUAAAGAAUUACUUAGAUUCCCUUUGCUCUAAUCUACGUUCUCAUACAAUAACUAAUGUUCAGUCCAAUGACGAUAAGGUUUCACUUCUUCUAAAGGAGAGCUUCAUCGACUCAUUUCCUAACCGUGAUCGAGCUUUUAUGAAGCUAUUUAUCGACACACAAAUGUUCUCUGUACAUACAGAUCUUGUUCUGUCCUUUUAUCAGAAGGAAUAAGGUUAUUUCUGAAAGUUGGAAUCUUUACAUAUACUUAACAGCUUCAAAACUGUACUUAGGUAACUCCCAAACUUAAUUAGUGGUCGUUUGGUUAGGCAUAGGAAGUAUCACUUCCCGAAGUGCCAAAAUCCGUUUGGUUUUCCAUCAAAAAAAAAAAAAAAAAAAACAAAUAUUUGAUUGGAAACAAGAAUUUCUACUAAUCGUGAAAGGAGAUAGUUAAGAAACUUCCUUCAUCAUUUGGUGAAAGUAUUUCCCAAGAAGCUACACCCAUGCAUUAUUGUCACCAAACAACCACUCAAUAAUUAUACACAAUGGCCGAAUUGCUUUCAGCGCCAGAAACGGAGCUUAAUAGGCGUGACGACGAUAUACUUGCACAUGUAAACACUUUGUUAGUUUGUUAUACAAAACUACAAAAGAAAAAAAACUGUAAAUAUCUUGUGAAAUUUUCGGUUUGUAAUUUUCUGAGUGUAUGUAUGGGGGGUGUUUGAGGGCAGAUCGAAAAAUCGCUUUCGAAUCAUUAAGAAGGCUUUCACUGAAGUAGAUCAUGUACGUGUUAGGGUUUCAUGUUUCCUUAGUGGUGAUCUUAAAGCUUUGUUUUUGUGGUCCUAAACACCACUGUUGAGCUGUGUGGUAUUGGACCACCAUUUCUCCCAUCAUUGCUAACACAAAAUGGCUGUCUUCCUCUAAGGAGCAGCUUUCUUUGUGGUCUAUACAUGAGAUCGAAUUUUCAUCUGAUUAUGAUUUUACAGUAUAGGGUCGUUCUCAAUACGUCUUUGUGGUCUAUACAAGAGUCCACUUAUACGUUGUUAUAAAACCUUCAUUGUGCAUCCGGGUACACCUACGCCUUAAAGCUACGCAGCUAGGUGUACCUCGGGGUAUUUUUAAUACGUAUUGGUCUUUUUCCGUAACUUGAUUGUACCCAUACAAAAUAUUCAAGAAUUUGUAUAAAAUUUUAGUUUUAUCACCAA